UGAGAGCAGCAGCGGGGAGACGAGGCUGGUACAGGCUGCCAUCAUGGUGAAAAGGAAGAGCUCAGAGGGGCAAGAACAGGAGAGACUCCGCGGGAUCCCUCUGCCCAUUCAGAUCUUCCUUUGGAGGCAAACUAGUGCAUUUCUGAGACCCAAGCUUGGCAAGCAGUAUGAAGCAUCUUGUGUGUCGUUUGAAAGGGUUUUGGUGGAAAACAAGUUGCAUGGCCUUUCUCCUGCCCUCUCGGAAGCUAUCCAGAGCAUCUCCAGAUGGGAAUUAGUCCAGGCUGCUCUUCCUCAUGUUUUACAUUGUACAGCAACACUACUCUCCAACAGAAACAAAUUAGGCCACCAGGAUAAGCUUGGGGUGGCAGAAACUAAGCUGCUCCAUACCCUCCAUUGGAUGCUUCUUGAAGCUCCCCAGGACUGUAGUAAUGACAGGUUUAGCACUGACCGAAGCUCUAGCUGGGGUGCUGGUAGUAGUGCUUUUAUCCAUCAUGAAAACCAAGGCUCCCCAGGACAGUUCAGGCAUAGUAAUGCCAAUGAAGAGGAUGAGAACAAUCGAAGGAAGUUCCUACAGAAUUCUAUGGCCACAGUGGAGCUCUUUGUGUUCCUUUUUGCUCCUCUAGUCCACAGAAUUAAAGAAUCAGAUCUGACUUUUCGUCUGGCAAGUGGUCUUUGCAUCUGGCAGCCAAUGUGGGAACACAGACAUCCUGAGGUUUCUGCCUUUACAGCACUGGUAAAACCUAUACGUAACAUCAUAACAGCAAAACGAAGUUCACCAUGCAACAGUCAGAACCAAAUGGUGGAUUCACCGAAGCAGGAUGCAGGAUCCACAAAGGGAUAUGAGGUUGUGUCUGAAGUAAGUCAGCCAGACUCCAUAUCACCCAGUCCACGACCUACUGCAUCCAGCUGUCAGAGGGCUAACUCUUUUGAUGGUUGUGCCACCUGCCAAACACCGCAGGAGAGAGGGCCUCCUCCACUUCCAAGACCAUCUUUGGUGAUUCCACCAUGCCAAAAAUCCCGUUAUGCCACAUACUUUGAUGUAGCAGUAUUACGAUGUCUGCUCCAACCUCAUUGGUCAGAGGAGGGGACACAGUGGUCACUCAUGUAUUACCUCAAUCGACUCAGGCACAUGCUGGAGGAGAAACCAGAGAAGUCACCUGAGCCUGAGGAGCCCCCAAAUCCACGUCCUCGCAGUAGCUCCAUGGUGGCUGCUGCUCCUUCUCUUGUCAACACCCAUAAAACCCAGGAUAUGACGAAAUGUAAUGAAGAAGACAGAUCAUUGGGUACAGAACCAUAUGCCAAAGUAUCGCUGACUAAUCUCCGAAGACCAGCAAUACCAGAUCUGUCCUCUGAUCUUGGGAUCAACAUCUUCAAGAAGUUUAAGAGCCGGAGAGAAGAUAGAGAACGAAAAGGAUCCAUACCAUACCACCAUCAAGGGAAGAAACGACAGCGCAGAAUGGGGGUGCCGUUCCUACUUCAUGAGGAUCACUUGGAUGUAUCCCCAACCCGCAGUACGUUUUCCUUUGGGAGUUUUUCUGGUAUUGGAGAGGACAGGCGCACUAUUGAGAAAGGGGGCUGGCAAACCACAAUAUUAGGUAAAUUCACCAGACGUGGGAGCUCUGAAACAGCUACAGAGAUGGAAAGUUUGAGCGCAAGACAUUCCCACUCCCAUCAUACAUUGUUAAGUGACAUUCCUGACCAUUCUAACAGUCAUGGAGAGAACACCAAUAAAGAGGUGAGAUCCCAGAUUUCCACCAUAACUGUGGCCACAUUCAACACCACACUGGCUUCUUUUAAUGUGGGCUAUGCUGACUUCUUCACUGAGCAUAUGAGAAAACUCUGCAAUCAAGUGCCCAUCCCCGAGAUUCCACAUGAACCUCUUGCAUGUGCCAAUCUGCCCCGUAGUCUUACUGAUUCCUGUAUAAACUACAGCAGCCUUGAAGACACAGAUCACAUAGAUGGCACCAACAACUUUGUCCACAAAAAUGGAAUGCUGGAUCUAGCUGUUGUUCUUAAAGCAGUGUACCUUGUUUUGAACCAUGAUAUCAGCUCUCGUAUCUGUGAUGUAGCCCUAAAUAUUGUAGACUGCCUGCUGCAACUUGGGGUAGUGCCAUGUGUGGAGAAAAAGAGGAAGAAGAGUGAAAACAAGGAAAAUGAUUCAAGUACUGGGUCAGGAUCUACAUCGCUUGCUGCAGAAAAGAGACAAAGUGAUGGAAACUUCCAGAUGAAAGCAGCAGCCCGUGGAUCUACCUGUGGUUUUGGGGGCCCAUCAACUGGUGGUGGGGGAGCAGGUAGUGGAGCAGGAGGAGGUGGUGGUGGUGGAGGAGGAGGUGGCGGGGAUGAUGGAAGUGGUGAAGAUCGAUAUUUUGAAAAGAAUGAGAAAAGCGAUGAAAAGGAUGAGAACGAUCCAGUCACUACUCACAAGUUGGCACUCACCAUGCUGAUUAAACUGGUGAAAUCACUGGGCUGUGCAUAUGGAUGUGGCGAGGGACAUCGAGGGUUAUCUGGAGAUCGCCUUAGGAACCAGGUACAUCUAAAUGCAUUUUGUAUUACUUUGCAGGCACAAGGCUGUCUUACCAAACUAUAUAAAUUAGACAAAGUCCAGUUUCGGCAAACAAUGAAAGACUAUGUAAACAAGGACUCGUUAAAUAAUGUAGUGGACUUUCUUCAUGCCCUUCUGGGAUUUUGCAUGGAGCCUGUUACCGAUAACAGAGCUGGGUUUGGGAAUAAUUUUGCCACAAUGGACAACAAGUCAACAGGUCAGGGUGUGGAGGGGAUCAUUGUGAGUUCAAUGUUUAAGUCUCUAAUCACACGCUGUGCUUCUACAACUCAUGAACUGCACAGUGCUGAGAACCUGGGUUUGUAUUGUGAUAUUCGACAACUAGUUCAAUUUAUCAAAGAAGCUCAUGGCAAUGUGUUUCGCCGCGUGGCCCUCAGCGCCUUGCUGGAUAGUGCCGAGAAGCUAACACCAGGGAGGAAAUCUGUUGAUUCACAAGAACCAAGACCUUCAGGAAGCAAAAGACCAGAAGAAGGGAGCGCUCCUGAAAAGGGUCGGGUGUCCUAUGCGCCCGAGGAGUGCCGAAGUUACAUCUCUAGCCACCCCCCACAGACUCCAGAGCAUGAUGAACAAAUGCAGGGGGCAGGGCUGGGCCGAAAGGAUUUUUGGCGCAAGAUGUUCAAAUCACAGAGCGCAGCCAGUGACACCAGCAGCCAGUCAGAACCAGACACUUCGGAGUGCACUACAGCUCAUUCUGGAAAUACCAAUGAGAGACGCUCAAGGUCCAGGUCUCGCAGGAUAUCCCUCCGCAAAAAGCUGAGGUUGCCUCUAGGCAACUGGUUAAAGCGCUCCUCACUUUCUGGGCUGACUGACAAUGUUGAAGAUCUUCUGGACAUAAGCUCUGUAGAUCGGCUUUCAUUUAUCAGACAGAGCUCUAAGGUGAAAUUUACUAGUGCUGUAAAGCUAUCAGAAGCCGGGCCAGGACCAGGAAUGGAUGGCGGGCGAGAUGAAGAAGAAAAUUUUUUCAAGCGUCUUGGAUGUCACAGCUAUGAUGACCAUGGCAUAUCUCAUCAGGAGGCUGGGAAAAAUAAAAAUGUGGUCAAUCUGGGAGCCAUAAGACAAGGCAUGAAGCGAUUCCAGUUCCUCCUCAAUUGCUGUGAACCAGGGACUAUUCCUGAUGCCUCCAUUUUGGCUGCAGCCUUAGAUCUGGAGGCUCCUGUGGUGGCCAGAGCUGCUCUCUUCCUGGAGUGUGCACGUUUUGUGCAUCGAUGUAAUCGUGGAAAUUGGCCAGAAUGGAUGAAAGGACAUCAUGUUAACAUUGCCAAAAAGGGCCUUUCUCGUGGUCGAUCCCCUAUAGUGGGAAACAAACGCAAUCAGAAGCUGCAAUGGAAUGCAGCCAAGCUCUUCUACCAGUGGGGAGAUGUAAUAGGUGCCCGUCUCAAUGAGGUUUGUCACAGCGAAAGUGAAAGUCCAUCCAAUCUGAUAGGUCUUAUCUAUGAUGAAGAAACCAAGAGAAGGCUGAGGAAAGAGGAUGAGGAAGAAGACUUUUUAGAUGACAGUUCCGUAAACCCUACAAAGUGCGGCUGUCCUUUUGCUCUGAAGAUGUCUGCAUGUCAGCUGCUCCUGGAGAUCACCACUUUCUUAAGGGAAACAUUCCCAUGCCUGCCCAGGCCUAGGACUGAGCCUCUUGUGGAUAUGGAGACUUGUCGACUACGCCUGGAUCCAGAGAUGGACCGGCACAGGUAUGAAAGGAAAAUAAGUUUUGCUGGGAUCCUUGAUGAGAACGAAGAUUCAAAAGACUCCCUGCACAGUAGCAGUCACACAUUGAAGUCAGACACAGGAUACGAGGAAAAGAAAGAAGGAAGCCCGUGGAGCACUAGUGAACCCAGUAUUGAGCCAGAUGGUGGCAACACUGAAGAAAGCUAUCACCGUAACAUGUCUUGGUUGCACGUUAUGAUCCUUUUGUGCAAUCAACAAAGCUUCAUUUGCACCCACGUGGACUAUUGCCACCCACACUGCUACCUUCAUCACAGUCGCUCAUGUUCUCGGCUGGUCAGAGCUCUCAAGUUGCUCUAUGGAGACACAGUGGAUUCGCUCAAAGAAGAUAACCUGGGUUGUGGCUCUGGUGUUAGAGGCAAAAAAGUUAAAGAGUGCUCAGAUAAAUCUUGCCUGCGGACCCCAUCACUGAAGAAGAGAGUUACUGAAGCUAAUCUAGAAGGAAAGAAGGACAGCGCCAUGUUGAAAUAUAUAAGGCACCAGGUUAUGAGUAUGUCCCCAGCUCCCCUGUCAUUGCUAAUUAAAGCAGCUCCCAUCUUAACAGAGGAAAUGUAUAGUGACAUACAACCAGCAGCUUGGGAGCUGCUUCUAAGUGUAGAUGAACACAUGGCAGGAGCAGCAGCUGCUAUGUUCCUGCUUUGUGCUGUCAAGGUACCAGAUGCAGUCUCUGAGAUGUUAACAUCGGAAUUUCAGCACCCAGAAGCAGGGCAGAGGCUGAAUGCUAUUUUAAAAUUCCACACACUCUGGCGGUUCAGAUAUCAAGUCUGGCCAAGAAUGGAAGAGGGAGCCCAACAGAUCUAUAAGAUCCCUCCUCCCAGCAUAAACUUUACUUUACCCUCUCCCAUCUUGGGUAUGCCAUCAGUACCCAUGUUUGAUCCGCCAUGGGUUCCACAGAGUAGUGGAAGCGUACAGGACCCAAUUAGUGAGGACCAGUCUAAAUCAUUCUCUGCUCGUGCUGUGUCCCGAUCCCACCAGAGGGCUGAACAUAUUCUGAAGAACCUCCAGCAGGAAGAAGAGAAGAAGCGGUUGGGGAGGGAGGCCAGUUUGAUCACUGCAAUACCGGUCACACAGGAGGCUUGCUAUGAACCAACAUGUUCUCCUAACUCAGAACAGGAGGAGGAAGUAGAAGAAGCCGCUAACCUGAAUUCCCGUCGCCUAUCAGUGAGUCCAUCCUGCACUUCAAGCACAUCUCACCGUAACUACUCUUUCCGCCGUGGCUCUGUGUGGUCAAUACGCUCUGCAGCCAGUGCUGAAGAUGAGGAGCAUGGUACAGAGCAUACCGGAAACCAUCAUGUGUCUCAGCCACCACAGCCUGUGUUCCCAGCAUGCAUCUGUGCUGCUGUCCUGCCAAUUGUUCACCUUAUGGAGGAUGGAGAUGUUCGUGAAGAUGGUGUGGCAGUAAGUGCAGUAGCCCAACAAGUGCUCUGGAACUGUUUGAUUGAGGACCCAUCUACUGUGCUAAGACACUUCCUUGAGAAACUCACCAUCAGCAACCGACAGGAUGAACUAAUUUACAUGUUGAGGAAGUUGCUUCUGAACAUUGGGGAUUUUCCUGCACAAACAUCACACAUAUUGUUCAACUACCUGGUGGGCCUUAUUAUGUACUUUGUGCGCACACCAUGUGAGUGGGGCAUGGAUGCCAUUUCAGCCACACUUACCUUCUUGUGGGAAGUGGUAGGAUACGUGGAAGGUCUUUUCUUUAAAGACUUGAAGCAAACAAUGAAGAAAGAGCAAUGUGAGGUGAAGCUGUUAGUAACAGCAUCCAUGCCAGGAACAAAGACACUGGUGGUUCAUGGCCAGAAUGAGUGUGAUAUUCCAACCCAAUUGCCAGUGCAUGAGGACACACAAUUUGAAGCACUGUUAAAGGAAUGUCUAGAGUUUUUUAACAUAGCAGAUUCACAGGCUGCAAAUUACUUUCUCAUGGAUAAACGAUGGAAUCUGACUCAUUAUAAUAAGACCUACGUACGUGACAUUUAUCCCUUUCGGAGGUCGGUUUCACCACAACUUAACCUGGUACACAUGCCCCCUGAGAAAGGGCAAGAGCUGAUUCAGAAGCAGGUGUUUACUAGAAAACUAGAGGAAGUUGGAAGAGUUCUAUUCCUAAUAUCCCUGACCCAAAAGAUCCCUCCUGCGCAUAAACAGUCCCAUGUAUCCAUGCUGCAAGAAGAUCUUUUACGUCUGCCUUCAUUUCCAAGAAGUGCCAUUGAUGCAGAGUUCUCACUUUUUAGUGAUCCACAAGGUGGCAAAGAACUGUUUGGCUUGGACACGUUACAUAAAAGCCUGUGGAUAAAGCUGCUGGAGGAGAUGUUCUUGGGUAUGCCCAGUGAAUACCCUUGGGGAGAUGAGAUAAUGCUUUUCCUUAAUGUCUUCAAUGGAGCUCUGAUUCUUCAUCCAGAGGACAGUGCCCUUCUUAGGCAAUAUGCAGCUACUUGUAUCAGCACAGCUGUACAUUUCAACCAUCUCUUUUCAUUGAGUGGGUACCAAUGGAUUCUGCCCACUAUGCUUCAGGUAUAUGCUGACUAUGAGAGUAACCCUCAACUUCGCAAAGCCAUUGAGUUCACCUGCAGACAGUUCUACGUACUGCAUCGAAAGCCAUUCGUGCUCCAGCUAUUUGCCAGUGUUGCUCCUCUGCUUGAUCUUCCGGAUGGUGUAAGCAGCAGCUCCUCUACUAAGGGUGUGUCUUCUCAGUGCUUGUUUGACCUUCUUCAGUCUUUGGAGGGAGAAACCGCUGAUAAUCUCGAUAUCCUCGAGCUGGUAAAAGCAGAACGUCCCCUGAAAUCAUUAGAUUUCUGUUAUGGCAAUGAAGACAUGGCAUUCUCCAUCAGCGAGUGCAUAAAACUGUGUGUGACAGUAGUAGCCUAUGCUCCAGAAUCAUUCCGCAGCCUCCAGAUGCUGAUGGUGCUGGAAGCUCUGGUUCCCUGCUUUUUGCAAAAGUUGAAACGGCAGACAACACAGCUGGAGACAGUGUCAGCGGCUCGUGAAGAAAUUGCUGCCACUGCUGCUUUGGCCACAUCACUUCAGGCUCUUCUUUAUAGUGUUGAAGCCCUAACAAGGCCCAUGACUGCACCCCAGAUGAGCCGAGGUGAUCAAGGCCACAAAGGAGCCACAACAGCUAAUCACACUAUGUCAGCUGGGGUCAACAUGAGGUAUUCGUUUUUAUUUGCCAGGGAUAAUCUUCACCUGCUGGAAGAAGGUCAGGGGUUACCCAGGGAAGAACUGGAUGAGCGGAUUGCUCGAGAAGAGUUUCGGAGGCCACGAGAAUCUCUGCUCAACAUCUGCACAGAGUUCUACAAACACUGUGGUCCUAGGCUGAAGAUUCUGCAAAACGUGGCUGGAGAGCCACGUGUCACUUCUCUGGAACUCCUGGAUGUCAAGUCACAUAUGAGGUUGGCAGAAAUUGCGCAUUCACUCCUAAAACUGGCACCUUAUGACACCCAGACUAUGGAGAGCAAGGGGCUCAAGCGUUACAUCAUGGAGAUGUUGCCCAUCACAGACUGGACAGCAGAAGCAGUGCGACCAGCCCUUAUCCUUAUCUUAAAGAGACUGGAUCGUAUGUUCAAUAAAAUACACAAAAUGCCAACUUUAAGGCGACAGGUUGAGUGGGAGCCUGCCAGCAAUUUGAUAGAAGGGGUUUGUUUGACACUUCAGAGGCAGCCAAUCAUAUCCUUCCUGCCUCACCUUAGGUCACUGAUCAAUGUGUGUGUAAAUUUGGUAAUGGGUGUUGUGGGGCCCUCUAGUGUUGCAGAUGGGUUACCUCUCCUCCAUCUCAGUCCAUACCUAUCCCCUCCUCUACCCUUCAGUACAGCAGUUGUCAGACUAGUAGCACUGCAGAUACAGGCUUUAAAAGAAGAUUUCCCCUUGAGUCAUGUGAUCUCACCUUUCACUAACUUGGAAAGACGAGAGGGAAUGCUUCUCAACCUGCUCAUUCCUUUUGUGUUGACAGUUGGAUCUGGAAGCAAAGAUAGUCCCUGUCUGGAGCCGCCUGAAGUCUACUUGCUGCUGCAAACUGUGAUAAAUAUUCUUCUGCCUCCACGAAUCAUAAGCACUUCCCGUAGCAAGAACUUCAUGCUGGAGAGUUCACCUGCACACUGUUCUACCCCUGGUGAUGCUGGGAAAGAUCUACGAAGGGAAGGACUUGCAGAUUCUACCAGUCAAGCUGCUUAUCUUGCUCUGAAGGUUAUUUUGGUCUGCUUUGAACGCCAAUUGGGAAGUGAAUGGUAUCAACUUAGUCUGCAAGUUAAAGAGAUGGCGUUGAGGAAAGUGGGGGGAUUGGCUCUUUGGGACUUCCUCGAUUUCAUUGUAAGAACUCGGAUCCCAAUAUUUGUUCUUCUUAGACCGUUCAUUCAGUGUAAGUUGCUAGCACAGCCAGCAGAGACUCAGGAAGAGCUAAGUGCACGGCAGCACAUAGCAGACCAGCUGGAGAGGCGUUUCAUCCCAAGACCUCUGUGCAAGAACUCCCUUAUUAAUGAGUUUAAUAAUGAGUUGAAGAUCCUAAAGGAGGCAGUUCACAGUGGGUCAGCAUAUCAAGGGAAGACAUCCAUCAGCACAGCUGGAACCUCCACCUCUGCUUACCGCUUGAGUUUGGCCACAAUGUCUCGCUCUAACACGGGAACUGGAACAGUGUGGGAACAGGACAGCGAACAUUCCCAGCAAGCCUCACAAGACACACUCAGUCGCACUGACGAGGAGGAGGAAGAAAAUGACUCUGUGAGCAUGCCCAGUGUGGUAAGUGAACAGGAUGCGUACCUCUUGAGUGCCAUUGGUAGAAGACGUUUCUCCAGUCAGACAUCCAGCAUGUCUGUUCCACAGGCUGAGGGUGGCAUGCUUCCCAGCCAAAGCGAACCUAAUGUUCUUGAUGACUCCCAUGGGCGUGAUGGCAAGAUCAGCCUGUCUAGGGUAGCAAGUGUGCAGAGUGAACCUGGUCACCAGAACCUUCUCCUUCAGCCACCAUUGGGGAGAAAGAAAGGACUGAGGCAGCUACGAAGGCCUUUACUUUCACGUCAGAAAACGCAAACUGAACCAAGAAGUCGCCAUGGGGCUAGGCUCUCAACAACUCGCAGGAGCAUACAACCCCGAGCCAAGCAGAUAAGGGAAGAAGAUCAAAAAGCAGCAGAUCAGAAGAGAUCUGUAACCUUUACUGAGACACAGCCUCAGCCCUCCACAUCUCAUGCUGAGGUGCCGCCGAUUGCUCCACGCUCCGGCUGCAGCCCUGCAUCCUCCAUCAAACAGGCAUCUGCAGAGAGCCCUGUACUCACCUCGUCACCAUCCAUUACUGUAGCUGACCUUCACAGCCAGACUGACAGCCAGAGAAGGGGCCACUUCCUGGGGAAGGAGGACUCAGAAUCCAGUCGGGGAGCAGCAGCCCCACUUCUCCACAGCUCACCAACCUCCCAUCUUUCGGAUCCUGAAGACUUUGCUGGACUAGAAACCAGCAGCCUUCUUCAGUACUCAGAUACUGUCCUUCAUAUCAGUGAGGACAAUGGAAUGGAGAACCCGCUGGUGUCAGGACACUUUCAUUUUACACAGAUUGAGCUGGGGGAGACAGACAUUGACUUGGAUGAAUCUCAUGUUUAGUCUUGAGAUGUUGUUCUCACCCAUGCCUGU